CCUAGGUGAGACCUGUUCAGGUACGGAAAUCCAAUAGAUCAUGUAUCAGUGCGACUGAAAACACGAUAACAGAAUGAAAUGAGAAUAAGCAGGCCAAGCUUCAAGGCGAUAUGCUAAGCACUUGGCAUCAUUCGAAAUGGCAGGUGAGUUUCUUCGCACACCAUAAGACGUGCCUCUUGGCAUGCAAAAGAAGGUAUGUUCACCUUCGUUCUGUUAGCCACACCAUGCAUGCCCCUCCCGACAUCCUGGAUCGUGGAAAUUCUGGAUCUAGCGUCGAAUGAUCAGCAUCGAUCAGCUAUAUAUUCUGCCUCCCCGAAUGCCCCUUAUGACUGGGCUUCUUCAUUCUCUAGGCACGCCCACUGACCGCUGAGCACGACACCAGUUCUUGGUAGGAGAUCAAUAUGGCGUUCAAAAGAGUAGCCGCGUUUGCCAUUGGCAUCCUGAUGCCCGUCGCAAGCGCCCUCACUAUUGAGGGAAUGCUCGCUGCCCCGCGCCGAAGUGCUGCUAAUGUUAAUCCUAGCGGAAAAUUGGCUCUAUUCUCGUCCACAAGCUACGACUGGGAUGCUUCAAAGACUUCCACAACUUGGCACCUCUUGGAUGUGGCCAGCGGCAAUAUCAAAGACGCACCGUUCGGCUCUGAAGUAUCCGAGGUUGUUUGGGUCGGGAAGACGUCCACCAGCAUUCUGUACAUCAACGGCACCAACGACGAGGUCGCGGGUGGCGUGACUCUCUAUACGGCUGAUCUGGGGGCGAAAUUCACACCCACCCUUGUUGCAUCCCUAGGGGCACCCUUCCAGGGGCUGAAGGCCGUGCAGACGAAAUCCGGCGACAUCAACUUCAUCGUCAAUGCCCUUACUCAUUGGGAUGACGGAUCAGCUUAUAACUCUGAACUGGUUACCGCACCAUUGACCUCUGGUGUGAUCUACGAUGCAAACUAUAUUAGGCAUUGGGAUACUUAUCUCACCCCUGAACGAUAUGCUGUUUUCGGCGGUAAGCUUUCGCUCAAAAAAGUGCCCGGUAACUCGCAAAAGAAGAGCUACUCUUUGGCAGGCGAGUUGAAGAACCUUCUACUGGGAAUCGACGCCCCCGUUACUCGCCCCGAAUCACCCGUACAACCUUUUGGGGACCAGGGUGAUUAUGACCUGUCACCAGAUGGAAAGACUGUUGCUUUCCUCACGAAAGCCCCUGAGCUGUCCAAGGCGAAUCAUACGGCAAGCUACAUAUACGUAGUUCCGCAUGAUGGUUCCAAGAUUGCUGUCCCUGUUAACGGCCCUAGAUCCUCGGCUCCUCGCAAGGCGAAGGGUGCCAGCUCAUCUCCACGAUGGUCUCCAGAUGGCAAAAAGCUUGCGUACGUUCAGCAGGACGGUAUUACUUACGAGUCCGACCGUAACAAGCUGUACGUCGCGACGAUCAACGGUCACAAAUCAAAAAUCUCAACCGUAGCUGAAAACUGGGAUUCGAGUCCCUCCGCGUUUCAGUGGAGUGCUGAUGGUAAAAACUUGUGGGUAGCCUCUGAGCUACACGCUUCAACACGUCUGUUCAUUGUCCCAGCCAACGCCAAAUAUUCAUUUGUGCCGAAGAACUUCACUGGCCCUGAGACGACAGUGGUCGACUUUGCCAUCCUGCCUAGUGGAAGCGCCCUAGUGUCUGCUUCAGCUAGUUGGACCAGUCGCAUGUUCUACACCCAGUCUCCAGGAAAAGGGAAAAAGGUUCUCUUCACAGCUAAUGAAGUCGAUCCGGAACUGCAAGGACUCAAACCUGACUCUGUCUCGAACUUUUGGGUUGAGAAUGAUGACGGCGACCAGAUUCAGACUUUCAUGUUCUACCCAACCGAUUUUGAUGCCAAAAAAAAGUACCCUUUGGCUUUUAUUAUCCACGGAGGACCUCAGUCAACCCAAGGUGAUACGUGGAGCACUAGAUGGAACCUCCGUCUCUGGGCCGAGCAGGGAUUCGUUGUGACUACUGUCCAGUUUACAGGAUCACCGAGUUAUAGCCAAGCGUUCACAGACAAGAUUCAAAACAACUGGGGAGGAACACCGUACACUGACCUGGUCAAGGUGUUCGAACAUUUGAAACACAAUGUCCCUUAUGUAGAUACAGACAGGGCAAUCGCUGCCGGGGCUAGCUUCGGAUGUUAUAUGACAAAUUGGAUACAGGGUCACGAUCUAGGGCGCGAGUUCAAGGCUCUUGUCUGCCACGAUGGUAAGGUCAACCAAGUAGGCGCGUAUGCGACAGACGAGCUCUACUUUAUCGAGCAUGAUGCGAAUGGUACCAUCUGGGAGAACAGGGAGAACUAUGAACUCUGGGACCCCUUGACGUACGCGCGCAACUUCAAGACACCCGAGUUCAUCAUCCACAGUGACGGCGACUAUCGUGUCACUAUUGCUGAAGGCCUACAGACUUUCAACAUUCUUCAGAGACUCGGUGUCCCCAGUCGAUUCCUUCGCUUCCCCGACGAAACUCACUGGGUUAACGAGCGUCACAACAGCUUGCUGUGGCAUACCAGCAUUUACAAUUGGAUCCGGCACUGGGUCGGCCUGGAUGAAGAACUCAUCCAAGACGGGGUAGUCCAUCAGUAAUGCUCAGACCGGGAAAAUAUCAAGUAGAGGUGCCUGAGAGCUCACUACGGCGUGUACGUAGAUGGCUUCGGAAAAUGAUAAUUCAAUAAUUCAAUAAUCAAGUGAACGCCUUGAAUACUGAAACGACAUGUUAGCGACCGAGCUACCACCGUGACUAUCGGAGCUUCUUGAGAACAGAGCCCUUGUAACGAUGGAAAGAUCUCAUCAUCCAAUGUUCUCGCGAGUGAACCGCAGACGUUAGAUACUAGUAUGUGAGACGAGCAUGAUCCUUGGUGUCUUUUUUUUUAACGUACAGUGCAAAUAGAGGGUAUAUUCCUAUAUUGCCUAGGUACCUGUGUAGAGACCAGUUCCGCCGAUCCCAGGCAACUACUAAACUGGCCUCUACUCUUGCAAUGCUAUAGAUCGAUUUUGAUGUUAGGGUAGUAUGCUUUACAGGCGUUCUAGUGUCUGACUCAUUUGAAUUGAUC